AGUAUCUCUAUCUAGAAUCAUUGCUUUGCCUUUGUCCAAACAAACAAAAGAGAUUGACCUUUUUGUUCAUCUCCAAACCAUUUCAACUCAAAGUAGAGGUCGAUUACAAAAAUGAUCCGACUAGCGAUUUCUUUGUUCCUCUUUGCAUUGUUCUCUGUUACAUCUGCAAGAUCUUUCGUCGCCACAAGACCUGGACCGGUUGAUUCAUUUCUCCCUAAACCAAAGCUAGAGGGUGCGAAAGUGUGUUCUUACACAGUAAUCAUUAAGACAAGCUGUUCCUCGGUCUCUUACACCAGAGAUAAGAUCAGUAUCGCGUUUGGUGAUGUGUACGGCAACGAGGUAUUCGUGAAGAGACUAGACGAUCCAAAGUCUAGGGCAUUUGAAAGGUGUUCUUCGGACACAUACAAGAUAACGGGACCGUGUAUGCGUGACGUAUGUUAUCUCCACCUACUCAGGCAAGGAUCCGACGGCUGGAAACCAGAGAACGUUAAGAUCUACGGCUCAUCCAUCAGAUCAGUCACUUUCUACUUUAACCUCUUCUUGCCAAACGGUGUUUGGUACGGCUUUGACGUCUGCAACGGCCUUGCUAGUGACAAGUCUUCUCAGUCCAGUGCCAGUGACAAGUCUUCUCAACCCAUUAUUGCCUCCGUUGCUGUUAUGUAAGAUUAAUAAAUAAAGAAAGAACAAAAGGUUGAGUAUCUGUGGGUUUGCUACUUUUGUGGCUUAAAGUGAAAAGAGACAAUGUGUGUUUUAUGAGAAAAAACAUGUAAUGUUUUCUUAACAUUUACACCCAAAAAAAAAAACAUGUAAUGUUAUAUAAUGCCUUGAUUUGAUCUC